AUGGACCAAAUGUCGGUAUAUGCCAAGUUUAUGAAAGAACUACUCUCUGAAAAAAGAAGGUUGAGAGAUGAUGAAAAUGUCGUUUUAGCUGAAGAAUGUAGUGCAAUCAUUCAAAGGAAUGUUCCUCCCAAACUUACUAAUCCUGGUAGGUUCACUAUCCUUUGUUCUAUUGGGCAUGUAAAAGUUGGCCAAGCUCUUUGUAAUUUGGGAGCAAGAAUUAAUCUAAUGGCGCUCUCAAUAACGAGGAUGUUGGGUUGUGGAAAGCCGAAGUGUAACCAUAUGACUCUCACCUUAGCUGACAGAUCUGUAACGUACCUGUAA